UUCACCAUCAUGAAGCCCCUGCUUUUUCUUCUGAGCAUCACUGGUCUUGUUCCAGUCAUUAUUUCCAUCAUGCAAACAGUCCCUCACGAGUAUCAUCUCAUCACAACAAAGGUGACAUGGUCCAGUGCACAGAAUUACUGCAGGGUGAUGUACACUGAUCUGGCAACUAUAGAAAGUGACAAUGACUGGGUACGGUUAAACAAACUAAUAACAAGCCAAAACAUAAUAGCACCCUUCUGGGUCGGACUCUACAACGACAUCAACAGUUGGCGCUGGUCCUUUAAUGAAGUCCCAUUACAAUAUACCACUUUUAGGCAGUGGGGUUCUGGAGAGCCAAAUAAUGAUAAAGGUCGUGAAUCAUGUGCCAUAAUAAACAACAAUGGAUACUGGUGGGAUGCAUACUGCUACAAUCUGAGACCCUUCAUAUGCUACAAUAGUACUAAAAGUGGCGCUGACAGGUUUGUUGGUGUCACUAGUCCGAUGUUGACCUGGUCUGACGCUCAGAUUUACUGCCGGACAUUUCACACAGAUUUGGCCACGGUGACCAACAGCGCAGACAACAACUUGUUAGCACAGCUGGCAUCAGUAAUGACCAGUAUUUGUUACUGGAUUGGCCUGUAUAGAGACACUUGGAAAUGGUCAGAUGGAACCAAAGUCUCAAAUCUCCAGUGGGCUAAUGGACAGCCCAAUAAUUACUGGAAACAUGAAAACUGUGGACUGCAUUAUACGCUGUUUGAAGAUGAUAACUGCACCAACCUGCGCUUUUUCAUGUGUCACACCAUACCACCCGUGAGGGAGCAGCAGAUAGUGCGACUGCUGGUGAAGUCUGAUGGAAGUGUUUUUAAAUCGGAAACACAAUCAUCAAUUCUGGAUGUGAUCAAGCAGAUCCUGAAAGACAAUGAGAUGUCGGAUGAUACCACAGUGACCUGGAGGGUGCAGCCGGGUGGAAACAUCUUCUCUAAAAAAAAGAGAGAUGAUCUGUAACAUUCCAGUGCUCACAGUCAAAUAUAGAUUUGAUAUAAAUUAUAUUUCAAGUUUUAAUCAGUAGGGGGAGACAAAUACAAAAACUAACAAUAAGGAAUAGCAUUUCACUAAGCCGUGUUUCAGUAAUAUAAAAUAUACAUAUAUCAAACAGGUUCACCCCUUUCCCCUUAGCCCUUGGUAAUAAGCUGUUAUUAUUUUACUAUGAUGUUACUGUAGGUAAUCAUUAGAUGACUGUUGGUUUUUCAUUCUGACAAUGGAACUGCACACAAUAUCAAAUAGAAGAUGUGGCGUAAUAUUAAAUCUAAUGUCUUUUAUGUUUUGUUUUUAAUAAAGCCAUUUCUUUAUUACUA